GCCGGUGUGGAGAAGUCCUGGGAGUAGGCAGCCGACGGGGCCGCAGGCAGCAGGCGGGCGACAGCAGGCGGUGGACUACGGGCAGCAUGAGCGGGACUCCGGCUUUCCUGAGCGCUGCGGAGGUGGAGCGGUACCUGAGCAGCUCCAGCCUCCUGUUACCACCCCUGGAGAAGGCCCUGGCCAACUUUUCUAGCGGCUCCGAAGGAGGAGUCGUGCAGCCAGUUCGCACCGUGGUACCUGUGGCAAAACACCGAGGUUUCCUGGGUGUCAUGCCAGCCUACAGCGCUAAUGAAGAUGCCCUUACCACCAAGCUAGUAACCUUCUAUGAGGGAGUGAGCCCCACCUCUACUCUUCCCUCACAUCAGGCCACAGUGCUGCUCUUUGAGCCCAGCAAUGGCUCUCUACUCUUGGUCAUGGAUGGAAGCAUAAUUACUGCAAAGAGGACAGCUGCUGUGUCUGCCAUUGCUACCAAGUUUUUGAAACCCCCUUCAAGUGAAGUUUUGUGCAUACUUGGUGCUGGUGUCCAGGCCUACAGUCAUUAUGAAAUCUUCACAGAGCAAUUCUCUUUUAAGGAGGUCAGGAUAUGGAAUCGCACCAAGAAGAAUGCUGAGAAGUUUGCUCAGACAGUGAAGGGAGAUGUGCGAGUCUGCUCAUCUGUCCAAGAGGCAGUGACAGGUGCAGAUGUGAUCAUUACUGUCACCAUGGCAACAAAACCCAUUUUAUUUGGAGAAUGGGUGAAACCAGGAGCCCAUAUCAAUGCUAUUGGAGCCAGUAGACCUGACUGGAGAGAACUAGAUGAUGAAAUAAUGAAGAAUUGUGUGCUGUAUGUAGAUUCCCGUGAGGCAGCCCUCAAGGAGUCUGGAGAUGUCAUAUUGUCCGGGGCUGAGAUCUUUGCAGAACUGGGAGAAGUGGUGAAGGGAGUAAAGCCAGCCCAUCGUGAGAAAACUACAGUGUUCAAAUCCUUAGGAAUGGCGGUGGAAGAUACAGUUGCAGCAAAACUGGUCUAUGAUUCAUGGUCAUCUGGUAAAUGAAGCAGAGGACCUAGCGCUGAGAUGCUGCAACAUUAAGACCUAUAAUUGUUGGUUGUCUCCCAUAGUUUCUUAUGGGGGAAUAUUCUUUUGCACUUAGUGUCACCUGCCUCAAAAACUAAACUAGCCAUUAUUGUUUGUGGUUUAAAAAAAAUUACAGUAUUGUGUAUAUCCUUUCCUCUAUCUUGCUGUAUCUUAUUAUAGUAUUCUUUGUCCGUAGAUAUCACUACCUUUGCAUUUCCCUUAAAUAAAGAGUUUGCCAGUCCUCA